UGAAUGUAGGGGGUGAAGGAGAAGGAGGGAGAAGGCGAAAAAGAGAGAGAGAGAGAGAGACAAUAGACCUUAAUCACUCAUGUGGUUGAAAGCUGCUGGCCGGCCGAGUUCCAUGUGGUGGGGGAGAAACAGGAAAGGAGCAGACUGAGGUGAAGGACUUGAGAGGAGAGUUAUCAUUGGUGACAUCUCUGAGCUGAAGACAAGUCCAGUCUACAAACCAGACCAAGAGGAGAGGAGGUAACAACCUGAAGGAGCCCAGGUUAUCCUAAAUCCAGCAACCAGAUUGCUCCUGAUUCCACUGAAGAAGUCUCCGUCCACGCUGCCGUCCAGACUGGAGUAUGUCCUGCCGUCCCUGUCCCCCCCGAUCCAUGCGGUCAGCAUGAUCUCCCACUGCCCUCUGAGCACCCUGCUGCCCUGGCCCGCGGGUCCCAACCACCAGUACGCAGGCCUGGACUGCAGCUUACUGCCGGAGGGGGAGGGAGGUGUCGCCCUGCAGAGGUACCAGCCUCGCUCCCCGGAGAGCAGCCCCCGCCACUGGAGCUCAGUGCAGGACUGGGGGGAGGAAGUCGAGGAAGGAGCCAUCUACAACGUGACACUGAAGAGGGUGCAGAUUCAGCAGGCGGCCAACAAGGGGGCGAGAUGGCUCGGGGCGGAGGGGGAUCGCCUGCCUCCCGGCCACACGGUGAGCCAGCUGGAGACCUGCAAGAUCCGAAGCAUCCGCGCUGGAACGCUGGAGCGUCUGGUGGAGACGUUGCUGACGGCGUUCGGAGACAACGACCUCACCUACACCUCCAUCUUCCUGUCCACCUACAGAGCCUUCGCCAGCACCAAGACUGUUCUGCAGCUGCUGCUAGACAGGUAUGGAAGCGGGGAAGAAAUUGAGCAAGACGCAGGCAAAGGCUCUGAAACCAGCGGGGCCAUCAGAAGGGCCUUGGCCUCCAUCCUGCGCGCCUGGUUGGACCAGUGUCCCGAAGACUUCCAGGAGCCCCCCGACUACCCGUGUCUCCACAAGCUGAUGGACUACCUGAGCAGGACCCUGCCAGGCUCCGAGGCUCUCCGACGGGCUCAGGGUCUGCUGGAGCAGCUGCGGAGUCAGGCCAGCGUGGACGAGUCUGAUGUUGGCUUCCACGGAAACAGUUCUUUCUGCCUGGGGGAAGAGGAGGAAGUGGAGAUCGAGGUCCAGGAGGACUUCAUGUCGUUCGAGGCCGACCUGUUGGCCGAGCAGCUGACCUACAUGGAUGCGCUGCUGUUUAAAAAGGUCGUGCCCCACCACUGCCUGGGCUCCGUCUGGUCUCAGAGGGACAAGAAGCACAACAAGCACAGCGCCCCCACCGUCCGCGCCACCAUCACGCAGUUCAAUGCCGUGGCGGCCUGCGUGGUCAGCACGGUGCUGAAACACAGGCAGCUCAGACCGCAUGUCAGAGCGCGGGUCAUCCAGCGCUGGAUAGACAUCGCUCAGGAGUGUCGAAUACGCAAAAACUUCUCGUCCCUGCGAGCCAUUGUAUCUGCACUGCAGUCCAACCCGCUGUACAGGCUGAAAAGGGCGUGGGCCUGUGUGCACAAAGACAGCAUGCAGACGUUUGAGGAACUGUCGGACAUUUUCUCCGACCACAACAAUUACCUGACCAGCAGAGAGCUCCUGAUGAGGGAAGGCACUUCAAAGUUUGCCAGUCUGGAGAGUUGUGCCAAGGAGCACCAGAAACGCACCCACAAGAGACUCCAGUUGCAGAAGGAAAUGGGAGCCAUGCAAGGAACGAUACCAUACUUAGGGACCUUUCUCACUGACCUGACCAUGCUGGAUACAGCCCUGCCCGACCUCGUAGAGGGCGGUCUGAACAACUUCGAGAAGAGACGCAGGGAGUUUGAGGUGAUCGCUCAGAUCAAGCUGCUCCAGUCGGCCUGCAACAGCUACUGUCUGACCCCGGAGCCGGCCUUCCUCCGCUGGUUUAAGAGCCAGGUCCAGCUCAGUGAGGAGGAGAGCUACGGCUUGUCCUGCGAGAUCGAAGGCCUCGGAGACAGCAGUCCAACCUUACCCAAACCUCGAAAGAGCAUGGUGAAGAGACUCAGCCUGCUGUUUCUCGGUCCAGACAGCAGCGCAGCCAGUUCUCCAGUCAGAGAGACGCCGCGCUCGCCCCCUACUGGCAGCUCAGGGGAGAGCUUGGACUCCGUCAGCGUGUCCUCCAGUGACUCCAGCAGCCCGUCGGACGGCGAGGGCCUCACCCCCACUCACACCGCCGACUCCCAGCAAAACAAGCUAUCGGAAUCCUCCUCUUGUAAUUCACUCCACUCCAUGGACACCAGCUCGUCGACAGCCAGCGUCUCCACGACUCCCGCGUCUCCCCCGCUCCCCGGGCCCCGCUGUGCCCACAGGCGCUCCCGCUCUCUCACACCCAUGCCCCCCAGCACCCCGAGUCAAACCCCGACCUAUAACACGCAGGCCCAAGACGCGUGCAUCAUACGAGUGAGUCUGGAGCAGGGCAACGGCAAUCUCUACAAGAGCAUCCUGUUGACCAAUCAAGACAAGACUCCGGCUGUAAUAUCUAGAGCCAUGGCGAAGCACAACCUGGAGGUGGAGCCGGAGGAGGGAUACGAGCUGGUACAAGUCAUCUCUGAGGAGAGAGAACUGGUGAUCCCGGACAACGCCAACGUCUUUUACGCCAUGAACACCACCGCCAACUACGACUUCCUGCUGCGGGUGCGAGGCUCGGCGAGCCGGCCGGUCCAGCUGCGGAGCCGCUGUAGCUCCACGCUCCCCCGCGCCCAGCACCGCUCCAGCCUGUCGCUGAGACUCAGCAAGGUCACGCUGUGACCCCCUCCUCCCCCAGCGGUUUGCCCUGACACCACUAAUCCAGGGUCACACAGGGCACGGACUUGAUGGGACCAGUUGGAAUUUAGACAAAGACUCUGGGGGGCGGGGGGGACGAAUGGACGAGGAGCUCUGGAGGAUCCGAGAGUCUUCAGACUCUUUUUUUUUUUUUCUUUGACUCUUAUCUUGCCGAUUGAGUCUCACCCUGAACUGUGCCAUCCCUCCUUCCCAUAAUUAAUAUGGAGCGUGGAUGUGCAGCGUGACCGACUGACUUUUGACGAGUGAUGCCUGUGACAGAGUGAAACAGCGACCCCUGGUGGCCGCCGCUCUUUACAACAGCAGGUUUUUGCACAUGUUAGGGGGUUCUCCAACAGUAUUCUGAUAGUGGAUGAACUUCUGUGUAGCGGAAUAUUCACUUUACUGGUAAUAGAAGUGUGAUGAAUGCAGAACGAGGAGAGAAGUGGACCGAGUGUCCGGUCCUGUUGCCUUUUUACCCAUGAAUGAAUGAAUGGACCUCUGAUUAGCAUUUCUGAAUGAUAUUAAUUGAUUGAUUGAUUGACAGGAGCUUGCGAUGUCAUUAUUUUUCGCUAGUCGGGCAUGUUUACCUGCCAUGUCCCGGCAGGUGUGCGCACUGUGUUUGUGUGUAUUCAGCCCCUCUCAUAUCGUGAGCUGUGUGACGAAUGUUCGCUGCAUUCUGAUUGGUUCCCUUUCACUUGGUUUUAACAAGUCCACGGCAACUCUUGUAACGGCCUUACCUGCCCUAUCGUCGGGGGUCAGAGAUGACGUGUGUGUGCUUCUUUCAAAUCCAGAAAGAUGCUUCCUCACAUUUUCAGACUUGUUUUUUUAAAUAAAUAAAAUACUAAUUAAUAAAUAAGAAAUAAAUUGAUGAGCAAGAACAGGGAGGAGGAGGAAAGUGACUUCCUGGACUGGAAAAUGCCACAGAAAAUGUCUCAAACUGAUCUAUACUUGUACCUCUUUAUAUGAACUAUAGAGCUGCACUUGUCAGUUGGUAGGAGAUGUGAUGUGAAUAUAGAAGAGCGAACAAGCCGCUCUCUUAAGUGGUUUUCUCCCCUCUUCACUAAAUGAGUUCCUAUUUCUGUUUGUAAUUGUUGCCUUUUUUUAAAUAUGUUUUCGUAACUCCAAUUCAAACCGGACACGUGUGCCAGAUUGGAGAACGAUGAAGUAAAUGUUAACGAAUUCAGAGGGUCAUUUAAAAAAAUAAAUAAAAUAAGUGCCAGAUUUGACUGAUCGAAGAGGAAACCUUUACUGAGGGGACACGUCACUUCACUGCACCAAAAGCCAAACACCUCCUCGCACAGUGAACACCCAUCUCACCCCGUCACAUCACAGCGGCCAAUUUACACAGAUAAACACUCCCUUUUGAGCCUCUUCUUUUUCUUUUUUUGGUGUCUAUUACACGCCGUCAUGCCAAUUUGUCCAACUGGUUAAUGUUCCUCGGUGGAAUGUUACGUUCCCACUGGGAGAACUGGUUCUCGGGCAAGAUCAUUUGUCUCCAUGCAGCACUUCACCCUAAAAUGUUGUCAAUAAAUCACCCUCAGUCCCUGUGUUCUUCACUGCCAAAGACUUUUACUCUACCUGAAUAAAUAAAUUAUUAUCAUUGUUA